UUUAGGUCGUUCCUCGGUGUAUAAAUCCACUACAAUGUCGCCUAAUGUGGUUUCUAGCAACACCGCCAUUCUGAUUCAAAAUUGGUUCACCGGAAUGCGCAUGCGCGCCCAAAGCGCGUUUCCGAAAUAGCAGCGCGCGUGUCCGACAGUGGAAUUGCGUGUGCGCAUGCUCCAGUGGUUUGAGGUGAUCGUUCAUUGCAGAAUUUUCAUUAUUGUCUGAAGUGAUCUGGAUGCGUCCAGACAGGAUUAUAAAACAACAUAUAACUCUGUAUUAUUCACAUCCUGCAUUAGAUUUAUAUUUAGAGCUUUUAUUACAUUUCAAAUACAAAUAAACAGAACUCAUUACUGCCUGAACCAACCCACCUUUACUGAGAUGAUCAGAGAAUAUGUACUCGGAGGUGAAGGAGCUGAAGAGAGAUCAGGAGAAGGCUGAACUGAGUGGAGCUGAACGACUCCUGGAGCAACUGAAGCAGGAGAUUUCUGAUCUUCAGAGGAGAAUCACUGAGCUGGAGCAGCUUUCACACACACACGAUCACAUCCAUUUCCUCCAGAGUUUCCAGUCUCUCAGUAUAUCUUCUGGAUGUGAGGACUCACCCAGCAUCACUGUCCAUCAACAUCUCUCAUUUGAUAAAACGAGGAAAUCAGUCUCUGAUCUGAAAAAGAGAUUUGAGGAACUCUGUCAGGAGAAAUUCAUCAUAAUUCAUAAACAUGCUGCAGAAGUUCAGAUGAUUUUACCCUCAGAACCAAAGAGCAGAGAAGAAUUUCUAAACUAUUUCUGUGAUCUGACUCUGGAUCCCAACACAGUACAUUAUUACCUCAUUCUGUCUGAGAAGAACAAAGUGGUGACACGUAGUGAGACAAACCAGCUGUACUCUGAUCAUCCAGAGAGAUUUGACUCCUAUGAGCGGGUGCUGAGUAAAGAGAGUGAGUGUGGACGCUGUCACUGGGAGGUGGAGUGGAGCAGUGAGAGAAAUGUGUUCAUAUCAGUCUCAUAUAAAGACAUCCGAAGGAUAGUACGGGGUGAUGAGUGUGUGUUUGUACACAACAAUCAGUCCUGGAGUCUGCAGUGUUCUUCCUCUUCUCUCACUUUCUGUCACAACAACAUUAUGACUGAUCUCAAAGUUCCAUCAUCCUCCAGAAUAUGAGUCACAGUGCAGGAACUUUGUCCUUCUACAGCGUCUCUGAUACGAUGAAGCUCCUCCACAAAGUCCAAACCACAUUCACUCAGCCUCUAUAUGCUGGAUUCUGGAUAGGUAUUAAUAGAAAUACUGUGAGAUUGAAUUCAAUUGAACCGAGCAACUUAAAUUUUUUUUUACUUUAUUCACAUUUUGAUUUUCACUUGUUAGAAGUCCUGUUCCUCUGUGUCUGGCAAAGUGCACAUCACCAUCAUCUUGUUCCAAGCUUCAGACCCUGAUUAAUAAACAAAUCACUAAUCUUA